CCAAAACUGAAGCAGAAGCUUCCGAUCCUCAGGUCCGACGAUUUGAUUCCCUUUCCGGCCACUUUAACAGAGGCUGGCAAUCGUUUCUAAGCUUAUGAAACAACUCCGAAACCCCAGCCCAUUAACCGUACAAGAUAACUGGGGAUUCUGGGAGAAACCCUCACUAUAUCAAGUAUCAACACCAACUGCUCGCCUCCGUCUAUACACUUCCGCAGCAAUUAGUAUUAUUAUCUCUCUUUUUCUUUCCUGAAUUGAUGCCGAAGAAAUCUUUACUAUCUUAAUGGCAGCCAAACGGGUGGUGAACAGUGUGGAAAGCAUCAAUUCCUUAACGGAUGAAGUCAUUUGCCACACCCUCUCAUUCCUUCCAACUAAAGAUGCAGUGCGCACAUCCUUUGUGUCAAGAAGGUGGAGGUACCUUUACACUCUGGUUUCUAACCUUGAUUUUGAGUUGCGGCCUGAUUACGGUGAUGAUUCAAGUGUGAAUCAACUGAUGAAUUUCGUAGAUAGAGUAUUGCUCUUCCAUAACAGAAGAUCUGCAGUUAGAUUUCGUCUCAAGUGCAUUCAUUAUAAUGGCCGUAUUGGUACUCCACAAUUCGACUCUUUACGAAUUGAUAGAUGGAUUCGUGCUGUAAUGUGGCAUAGUAUUCAAGAGCUUGACAUAACCGAAUUUGAUAUCAAUCCUUUCAUCUCAAGACAAUUGAAAUCUUUUCAUUCCAAGCGGAGGAAGCCUGUAUGAAAAUGGUUGAGUACUUUUUAAGUAAUGCUAAGAUUCUAGAGGAGAUGACAAUUCAUAUUGUAGCGACAAAGGAGCAACAGUUGAAGAUCACUGAGGAGUUGUUGAAAUUACCAAGGGUCUCUUCAAAAUGCGGACUCAUAAUUGCUUCUUUGAGUAGUCCCCUGUUCUUUUAACGGGCAUCAAUCUUUUGAUGUUGCCCUUGUGCUGGAUUGGGUUUUAAUUAACCGCCAAUUGGGUC